GCGAGAUUCACACACGCGACGGACAUCGUGAAAGUGGCAUGCGUGGUCGAACGAAAACAAAAUAGUGAAAUCCGAGAUUCUCUGGUGACGCCUUCGAAUUUAAAAUUGACGAAAUGAGUUUUUAGUCGAUUUCGGUAAUUUUUCAGCGACUUUUCCGGUAGGAUCGUUUUUUCCGCAGUGAAAAAGAUGUGCUGAAAGUUUUCCUCGACGCUGUGUUAUUGUUGAGGUGCGCGUUGUGUUUACGGUUUAUACCAUUAAAGGCCUAACUCAUCAUGUCUCAGCCAGGAUUCCCGGGCCAUAUAACCACAUCUACGGUUUAUUCAUCGACACGUGUGAACACUUCCAUAAGAUGGGAUCCCUCAUAUAUCCAAACUCUGCCAGGAGUACUUAAAAUAGUGCAAAUAGUAUGUAGUUUUAUCGGCUUCAUCUGUAUAGAAGCGAGUGGAUUGGCUAGUCAUACCAGGGGAGGAUUCUUCAAUUUCGUGGCGCUGGUAGCGGUCCUCUUCACUGGAAUACUACUGAUCUUCUACCUGUUACAUAUCAUCGAGAAAACUUUCAGGAUACCAUGGCUGAUGGUUGAAUUCGCCUUCUGCGCUAUUUGGGCUUUCGGAUUUUUCGCAGUUUCCAUUAUGGCGGCAACCUACGGCUCCGAUGCUUAUUUAGUUGCUGCGUUUUUUGGAUUUUGUUGCAUGGUGGCGUAUGCCUUCGAUGCUUUCCUGAAAUAUUCAGCCUUGAAAAGGGGAGAAAUAGCACAGGGAGAAAGAACAGCCCAGAAGCAAACGAAUGUAACGGAUGUGUACUGAAUAUAGCCUUUUCUUCGAAAGUGUACUUAAGAUGUUUCCGUAUUAUGUAAUUUACGUUUUUUUAUUUAUUGGUUAUUAUUACUUUUCUUCAUAGUUUAAUUCAUUGUUGAAACAUUCUUAUUUUAUUCGUCUAUUAUUCCUUCUUUUUGACAAGUUCGUGCGUACUUAAUUUCUUUGCGAAAAAUUGACUUCAUGUAGAUGAAUCUGGGAUAUUUUGGGUAUUAUUUUAUGUGUAAAUUAUCACGUUUAUUUUUAGGACAUUCAUAAACAUGUUUCACCAAACCAAUUCAUAUUGAUUUUAUGGAAUAUUGGACUAAAAUUUUAUAUUUUGUGUCAUAUCAAACUAAUUUUUUCUUUAAUGUGACCUACAUCCAAUUCAUUUGAAUAUUUAGAUUAUCUAUGAAUUUUAUUGUUUUCUGAAUGAGGUUCCUGAAGAAUCUUGAAUCAGAGAUAAUGAAAUAUGAUUGUGUUCAAUUACACGUGUAAAAACAACCAGUUUUCAUUUUGAAAUUAUAUUGAGAAUAAAUAAAAAUUAAUAAAGUUU